AAGUACACGCUGAUAGAUGAGCAGGACAUCCCCUUGGUGGAGAGCUACUCCUUCGAGGCUCGAAUGGAAGUAGAUGCAGAUGGAAAUGGUGCUAAGAUAUUUGCAUAUGCCUUCGACAAAAACCGAGGCAGGGGAUCUGGCAGGCUCCUUCAUGAGCUGCUAUGGGAGCGUCACCGGGGUGGCGUGGCUCCCGGUUUUCAGGUGGUGCAUCUCAACGCUGUGACUGUGGACAAUCGCCUAGACAACCUGCAGUUGGUGCCCUGGGGCUGGCGACCCAAAGCUGAGGAGACCUCCAGCAAGCAGAGGGAGCAGAGCUUGUAUUGGCUUGCAAUCCAGCAGCUCCCCACAGACCCCAUAGAAGAGCAGUUUCCUGUUUUGAACGUGACCCGGUACUAUAAUGCCAAUGGGGAUGUGGUGGAAGAGGAGGAGAAUUCCUGCACCUACUAUGAAUGCCACUACCCACCCUGCACGGCCAUCGAGAAGCAGCUCCGGGAGUUCAACAUCUGCGGGCGCUGCCAGGUGGCCCGGUACUGCGGCUCCCAGUGCCAGCAGAAGGACUGGCCUGCCCACAAGAAGCACUGUCGGGAGAGGAAGCGUCCCUUCCAGCAUGAGCUCGAGCCAGAACGAUGACGGGCAGUGGAGCUGCCACGCUGCAGGCUCAUGGCUUCCGGCUCUUCCGUGGACACAGCGGAGACUGGCAGUUCAGUCUGGAGGUGCUGAGGAAGCCAGUGUCUGGUCCAGAACAGCCACCAUGAAGCUCCCUAUGGCACACAAAGUCUGUGGGGACGGCGCCCCUCCAGUGUUAAAUCUCCAGCGGAGACAAGGGGAGAUCCCCCAGGACGUUUCUCAUUAUUUAUAUGUUAAUAUGUUUGUAAACUCAUGUACAGUUUUUUUUUUGGGGGGGGGAGACAAGGGGAUGGUUAGAAACCACAAAUAGAAUCACUUGCUGUAAUCCUCAAA